AUGAUGGAUCUUCAGUUUUUCCUUAACUGCUUAUCAGUUUCUGCCAUUAUCACAACAAUAUGUUUAUUCUUCACCGGAAUACCUAUCUGUAAGAAAAUUUUAAAUCAAAAGUCCACACAAGAUAUCUGUGGAAUUGUCUUUCUGAUGGGAUUCAUAGGAUGCUCUUUCUGGCUAAGAUACGGUUUCUUGAAAGAGGACAACACAAUGAUGAUUGUGAAUGCUGUUGGAUCGAGUCUUUUCCUCAUUUACUGCACUUUCUAUUUGGUCUACACAACGCCCAAAUUCACCUUUGCAUGGAAAUAUUGUUUAUCGUGGAUGCUUAUAAUCAGCAUGUUGUUAUAUACAGAAAUUCAACCAAAUAUGGAUUUAUUAGGCAUUGCUUGUAUGACUUUCAAUAUUUUAACUUUUGGUGCACCUUUAGCUGGAUUGGGUAUUGUACUCAGAAAGAAGUGUUGUGAUAGCCUGCCGCUACCCAUGUGUGUCGCAAACUUACUCGUGAGUUCUCAAUGGCUCUUGUACGGUAACAUAGUUAAGGAUUCAUACAUCAUGAUUCCAAAUGGAAUCGGCAUGGCAUUGGCUGUCUUCCAGCUUUGUCUCUUCAUCGUAUUCCCCAUGAAUACACACGAACGUUCAUUGUUGGAUAGAUUCAUGUCGUUAUGUAGUCAUCCAGAGAUAUCAGAACCAGAUACAGUUGAACAAAGCAAGUGCUCAUCUACUACCCUAACUAUUGACAGUGAAGAUGCAUUCUUGAAGCAAGCCAAAAAUGUAAAAAGACAUUCCAAUGUGCAGAUGGAUGACUCAAUUGCAUAUCCAAUCACUAAAACAAAAAGUUUUCCGGAUGUAUCUCGUCUGGCCUAA